AUGGGUAGAAAAAUUGAAAUAAAGAAAAUAGAAGAGACGACGAAACGUCAAGUCACAUUUUCUAAGCGACGUAGUAGUUUAUUAAAAAAAGCUGAGGAGGUUGCGAUUUGCUGUGACGUGGACGUGCUGUUUAUCGCGUUCUCACCUUCUGGUCGGCUCAAUAAAUUCUGUUGCCAACAAAGAGUUGAAGACAUGCUUCAGCGUUACCUUAAGCUUCCGGUUGAGCGGAGAUUGACGAUUGAGAAUUUGGAGCUACAAAUCAAGAAGAGCACAUUGGAAUUACAGAUUGUGGAUGCUAACAUAAGGGAUUACGAACCAGGAGCAGAACAAGAGCCUUCUCUUCACCAACUCUGUUGGUGUGAGAGUAACUUGAAACUCUCUCUCCAAAAAAUCUUGGCUAGAAAAAUGGAAUUGGAGAAACAAGGAAAUAUGGAUGUUCACUCUGUUGCACAACAAAUGGCUCCUCACCAGUUUGAUACUAAUAAUUGGAUUAGUCCAUUCAGUUCAACUAUUCAAAAUCAAGAUUGGAUGGACAAAGGAAAGAGAGUAGCAAACAGUUCUAGCAAUUACACAUAUACCCCUUCCUUUGCUAGUACUUCACAUCUAGGGAAUAUGUCAUUUCCUCAAAACUCAUUGCCUUUUACCCCAUUGCAGUGCCAGCAACAAAACAUGAUUGUCGAUGUUCAGCAGAAUCCAUUACAAAUAUUUGGACAAUCACAAAGCCAACAACAAAAUAUGGCGGUAGAUGUCCAGCAGAAUCCAACACAAACAUUUGGACAAUUACAAAGCCAGCAACAAAACAUGGAGGUAGAUGUCCAACAGAAUCCAACACAAAUAUUGGGACAAGCACAAAGCCAACAACAAAACAUGGUGGUAGGUGUUCAGAAGAAUCCAACACACACAUUUGGACAAUCACAAAGCCAGCAACAAAACAUGAUAGUGGAUGUCCAGCAGAAUCCAACACAAGCAUUUGGACAAUUACAUAACCAACAACAAAACAUGGUAGUAGAUGUCCAGCAGAAUUCAACACAAACAUUUGGACAGUCACAGAACCAACAACAAAACAUGGUAGUAGAUGUCCAGCAGAAUUCAACACAAACAUUUGGACAGUCACAGGCACAAUUGACUUUUGGUGAAAGUAGUGACAACUCUCUCACGAAUUUCUGGCACAAUAUUUGCGCUUUCACAAGGUAUGGCUCGAGUCCACUCGCAAAUACGGGUACACAAUUGAGCACUCCCUCCCAAUUAGGGUUGGAGUAUGCCCAUUCAAAUUGGAAUAUCAACUUGAACAAUAACAACGACAUCAAUCAUAUUAUUCAACAAACUGAUCAAUCUUCAAUUCAAAGUAAUGCAAUAACUUCUACUGUUAAUGGAUUUAACUAUCCCAUAGAGGGGAAUACCAUGGGAAACAAUGAAUACUUUGCUGAAACAACACAUGAGAAUGAUGCAUGGGAAUGGGAUGAUGUUUUCCUCAAUGAAGGUUUCAAUGGAGAUGACUUUUAA